CCACACACACACAGUCCAGCGCCGCGGUCGCCGUCGUCCUCUCCUCUCCUCUGCGUCCACGCAACGGGAGGCGAUUUUUGCAUCGCGAAGCCUUCCCGGCGAGUCACUCUCCCUCAGAGACCGCACGCCUCUGCCUCUCCCCAGCCACUACCCCUCCCCUCCCCUCUCCUCUCUUCCCCACGCAACCGGGGAUAAAAAAAGGGGAGCUUGAACGGGACGAGGCAUUCAGGCAUGGAUACUCUGCUGGGCUCCGGGAGAUUCUUGGCGCGGCGGCCCCCGCUCGCGCUCGCCCCUCGCUGCUCGCGAGGAUCCCCGGAGAAAGGCGGCGGCAGCGACAAAGGUGACACAUCAUCCACUGACUGGGACAAAGCUUGGUCUACAUUUAAGAAGAAAGGGAAGAAGACCCUAUUUUCGGAGUUCUCACCAAACAAGUAUGUGAGCUGGAACCCACGACGCAGCGAGUAUCCAUUAUCAGAAGAGGUUGAUCCAAUCAGAAGAACGGAGAGGUCUAACCUAAUGUUGUGGACAAGUCCGAAAUUUACCUUGGUAAUGGCGAUUGUCAUCGUCUCGACAUUGCUAAUCUAUACAAUAGUUGUUCCACCCAAGUAACUGAAGAAGUGACAGGCAUGAGUUGAACUUUCUGAACAGAAAUUUGUCCAUAUAUAUCGAAUGCGAAGACUUUUUCUCCCGAUGUGAACAGAACAGGCUGGAUUGGUCACGAGGUCAGUGUGGAAUUCAAGUCAACUGCCACAUCUGGACAUCUAAAAUAGCUUUCUUGUAGCAUAUCUUGUCCAUGAUCUGCUGUAUUUUAAUUCUCUGAUUGUCAUUAUUGUACAGUAUUGUCUUCAGAUUCUUCUUCUUUUAGGCUGAGUUCGGAUGGGGGAGAUGGGAAACUAA